AUGUCUCUAGUGAGCCCUGAAAAGUUCCAGCAUAUUUGGCACAUACUCAACACUAACAUCGAUGGGCAGUGGAAAAUCACCUUUGCCAUGACUGCCACUCAUGUGGUGUUGAGGAAAGCAGACAUUGACCUCACCAAGAGGGCAGGAGUACUCACUGAGGAUGAGGUGGAACGUGUGAUCACCAUUAUGCAGAAUCCCCACCAGUACAAGACCCCAGACUGGUUCUUGAACAGACAGAAGGAUGUAAAGGAUGGAAAAUAUACCCAGGUCCUAGCCAAUGGUCUGGACAACAAGAUCCGUGAAGACCCGGAGCAACUGAAGAAGAUUCAGGCCCAUAGAGGGCUUCGCCACUUCUGGGGUCUUCGUGUCUGAGGCCAGCACACCAAGACCACUGGCCGUUGUGGCCGCACCAUGGGUGUAUCCAGGAAAAAAUAAGUCUGUAGGCCUUGUCUGUUAAUAAAUAGUUUACAUACC